AUCUUUAAAUACUAGAGAUGCCUUGCUAUAUCUGAAUUCAUUACCUUUUCCUCUUUUGAUAUCAUAAUGGCUUCUAUUUCUUGUAUGAGUGCUAUUUUAAGCUUUCUUCUCAUCUCUAUCUUUCUUUCUGUUUACAAUAUUAAAGUGUGUGAGGCACAAGCCAGGCCUCCUACAGCGAAGGGGCUAUCAUACACCUUCUACGACAAAAGCUGUCCUAAGCUUAAAUCUAUCGUUAGAUCAGAGCUCAAAAAGGUCUUCAAUAAGGACAUUGCUCAAGCUGCUGGCUUGCUUCGCCUUCACUUCCAUGACUGCUUUGUUCAGGGUUGUGAUGGAUCAGUAUUAUUGGAUGGAUCAGCAAGUGGGCCGGGUGAGAAAGAAGCGCCACCAAACUUGACUUUGAGACCUGAGGCAUUUAAGAUCAUCGAAAACCUUCGUGGUCUUUUAGAAAAGAGUUGUGGAAGAGUCGUCUCCUGCUCCGACAUCACUGCUCUCACUGCACGUGAUGCUGUUUUCCUUUCAGGAGGACCAGACUAUGAGAUUCCUUUGGGAAGAAGAGAUGGGCUAACCUUUGCCACAAGACAAGUGACAUUGGACAACCUUCCACCACCCUCAAGCAACGCUUCAACCAUCCUAAGCUCCCUCGCCACCAAAAACCUCGACCCCACCGACGUCGUAGCGCUCUCAGGCGGCCACACCAUAGGCAUCAGCCACUGCAGCUCCUUCACCAACAGGCUCUACCCCACACAAGACCCCGUCAUGGACAAGACCUUCGGCAACAACCUCAGACGCACGUGCCCCGCCGCCAACACCGACAACACCACUGUGCUUGACAUCCGAUCCCCCAACACCUUCGACAACAAGUACUACGUUGACCUCCUGAACCGCCAGGGCCUCUUCACCUCCGACCAAGACUUGUACACUGAUAAAAGGACUAAGGGCAUUGUCACCGACUUUGCCGUCAACCAGAACCUCUUCUUUGAGAAGUUUGUGUUCGCUAUGCUCAAGAUGGGUCAGCUUAAUGUGCUCACCGGGAAACAAGGGGAGAUUCGUGCCAAUUGCUCCGUUAGAAAUGCCAAUAACAAGUCCCUCUUGACUUCUGUGGUGGAAGAUGUGGUGGAAACUUUGAUAGAAAUGUAAUGUGACUGGGUCGAUGCAUGCAUGAUAGUGUAUGUUUGUUGUAUAUAUAUGUUGUGGUGAUGAUGAAUAAUUGAUAAGCCCUUGUUUCUUGUUCCCAGCAGAGGGCUUUUUUUUGUGAUAAGGAACCAUUGUCUAAUGGCCCUAGCUAGCUACUUGUACCUCAGUUAUAAUGGAAAAAUCCGAAUGAGAGCUUCUCAUUUAUUGUUUUCA